UAAUGCUGAUGUUUGCACCAAGACUUGGAGCCAAUACGCCAAUGUCUGCAUCGAUCUUGGACAGACGUUGGACGUGACGUAACAUUGUAUAGACAACCCGCGCGGUGUGUCAGCUUGCGCCAUGUUCAAAGGCGAGGGGAAAGAAAGAAGGGGGUUAAAUUAUACGCACUGUAGUAAAUGUAGAGCCAACGUGUGUUGCUUACUUCAGCACAAUUGGCUUAUUUGCCCAAGCUUGGGCGUAGCACGUGGGCGCGGCAAAACGUCACGAUAUUACGUCACGAACCAAAGUCUACAUUUUUAGUCGCCUUACAGGCAAUGAAUGUGUGAGCGAGACGUGACGUUGUUAUCCCUAACUGUAAGCAAACGUGUUUAUUUUUGUGCCACAACAUGUGACAGUUGCAGUCGAUGUCUAUCGAAUCUCGAGAUUGUGAAUAAUCUGUGAGUGUUUGUUAUCGACCGAUCAGUCGGUCGACUGGUGCGGAUGGUGGUGGAUCGAACAUGGGGGGUGAAGCGGGGUGGAUCACGCCUUUCAAGAAACAGUGCUUCGUCUCGGCCGGGGUGUGCCUCAACUUGGGCGGCCAUGGCCUGGUCAUGGGCUUCGCGGCCAUCUUGUUGCCGCAGCUCCGGCUGCCUGACUCCCUCAUACCUAUUGACGACUCCUCGGGCUCUUGGAUAGCAUCGAUCCUUGGCUUCGCGCUCGUCGCCGGCAACUUCAUCGCGCCCACAAUAAUGGCCAAGUACGGCAGGAGAACUGCUAACCUGGCCAGCAUCACGCCAAUGAUCGUAGGGUGGGUAUGUGUACUCACAGCAAACAGCGUGGCCUCUCUCCUCAUCGCCAGAUUCCUCCAAGGCAUCUCCAUGGGCAUGAGUGCCACCCUCGGACCAGUACUAAUCGGCGAAUACACCAGCCCCAAAAACAGAGGAGCUUUCUUGACCGUCAUAUCCGUGACCAUUGCCACUGGAGUUUUAAUUGUACACUCGCUGGGUUCAUUCUUAAGUUGGCAGAAGACAGCCCUCGUCUGCUGUUUCAUAGCAUUCGUAGACUUGAUCAUAGUGAUCUACUCUCCAGAAUCCCCCAGCUGGUUGGCAGACCAAGGAAGGUAUGACGAAAGUCGCAAAGUCUUCAGAUGGCUUCGAGGUGACGUUGAAGAAGAGGAGUUGAAAGAGAUGAUUGAAGCUGCCAUAAUUGUUAAGGAAUCCAAAAUUGAUGCUGAUGUAUCCGAAUCGUUCAUGAAGAAGUUUAGGACUAACGUGACGUAUUUUAAUGCUACUAUCAGGAAGAAGGAGUUCUACAAGCCCAUUUUUAUCAUGGUCCAUAUUUAUACGUUAGGUCAAUGGGCUGGAGCGAACAUCCUGGCUGCUUACACGAGAGACGUCUUCGAAAAUGUGAUAGGAUCUGACGCAAACAUAUCCUUGCUGAUCAUCACUUUGGACAUCCAAAGGAUCAUUUCUAAUUCUGUAGCCGUGUUUGUUAUUAAGAAGAUUAACAGACGAACAAUGCUUUUCGCGACUGUUGGAAUAAACAUAUUCGCAUUUCUAUCCACGUCUGCGUAUGUGUACGCAAAAGCCAACUAUAAUCUCCCAUUCAAUCAUCCAUUCAUUGGAAUCUUCCUGAUCCAUGUUCACAUGUUCUCCAUCGCAACUGGGACAGUACCAUUGCCUUUUAUCAUUGCUGGAGAGCUGUUCCCGCUGGAAUACAGAAGUCUGGCUGGAGGGAUCAGUGUGUUGUUCCUCUCUUCGAACCUUUUCAUCACUGUGAAGACGCUGCCUUUGCUUUUAAGCAGCGUGGGUCUAUCUGGAGCGUAUCUACUUUAUUCAGCAGUUGUUGGGUACUGCCUUAUCAUGGCAGGAAUCUUUCUGCCCGAGACGAAAGAUAGGACUCUUCAGGAUAUUGAGGAUGAGUUCAGAGGAAGACCACUGUCUCCUGAGGAGAUGAAGUCGGUGCAAUCGCUGACUUCGAUGAAGCUCUAUAAUAGAGAUAGGAGGUGCAGUAGUCCUGUAAUUUAAUGGUGAUUGGUCAAGGAUUUGGAGUAAGUCAAGUUAGCGUUUUGGUGCUAUACUUAAGUAUUAAGUUAUUGUUGAUAUUGUUAACAAUAACAUUGUAUGUAAGUUAUCUUUGGACAUGAAAAAGUAACUUAUUCGAAUUCUACAAAUAAGGUUUAUCGAAUAUUUAUUAGGUAUACACAGAUUUAAUUUGAAACUAUUUAGUACAAGACGUCUACUACAUGAUGUUGAUUUCAAUGUUUUAAACAACAUGUAAAUAAAGCACAAUUUAUGCCAAAAUCAAUGACGAUUUGAUAUAAAAGGUUUUAAAAAGUGACUCUUUCUCUACUAUUUACCUAUGUAGCUUUUUGUGAUUUUAUCAUUUUUUCUGUAAAUAUAAACACAUAUUGAAAUAAACAUCAUGUCAAUGAAUGAACGUAAACGACUUUUUAGCAGAAAUAAGCUUUUACGAGAACAUUUCAAUAACUCCUUACAAAGAGGAACCGCACUGAAAGAUAUGAUUUGUAAACUGUA